UCAAUAAGUUUUUGCUUAAAUUUCGUUGAAUCUAUUAAACUAUUACAAAAUUUUCCAUUUCUGAUUUAUGGCUCAACAUUUUUAUUAUCACUUUCACCUAUUUUUAUAGACCAUGUCACCUGCUGUGAAGAUAUGUUAAAAAUGGAUGCUGCAAUGGAAGAAUGAGCUUUAAAAAUUGUUUUGUUCUUAAACCAAUUGAUAAAGACAGCUUGAUCCAGUUUGUCCUAAACCAACUUUCUCUUGCUAAAGCAACCAUGUGUCUGUUGAUCUCCUGUAAAAUUAAAAUUGAAACUACAGCUUUUUCCAUGGGGCACAAUGGCAUAUAAUGAUAUCUGUUGUACAAAGAAGAGCUCUGAAAGGGAUGUUUUGGGUUUUUGCUCUGUGAACUUUUGUAGAGUAGCAGACUGUCUUUUGGAAAAAUAUUUUAAUGAUUUGAAAUAAGCUAAUUUUGUAACUACAUUAAUGGCAUUCAUGUCACUGUAAGCAAAGCUUAACAUACAGAAAACUUCACACCCAGACAGCAAAAUUCUGAAACAUUUCCCUCCUUUUCUUUUUUUUUUUUCAAUACAGGACUCUACACUGGAGAGACAACCAGUCUGUUUUACCUUUGGCUUUAAAUGAUGCUGUCUCCACAGCUGUUCCACAAAAUCUUAGGAGUAGCUUUUUUCCUGCUCCCAGUAUGUGCCCAAGGUACACCUGCAGGAUUUUUUUCAUAUAUUUUCAAGUAUUUGACUGGAGGUGAAACAAAUGAAGGACCAAUUUCCAUACCGGUGGCUGAUGGUGAAAUGGGAGACAUUAAUCAUCAAUUGGAACGUCGGAUUUCCAGACUGGAAGGAGUCCUCCGCUUGGAAAAGAUGAUAACGGAAUCUGGAGGAAAAAUAUUUGCUACCAGUGGGGAAAGGGCUGAUUUCAAUACUACGCUGCAAAAAUGCAAAGAAGCUGGAGGGUCUAUUGCUGCUCCGAGGAACCCGGGCGAGAAUGAUGCCAUUCAGUACUUUGUGAAAACUUUUAAUACCUACGCCUACCUAGGGGUAAAGGAAUCUCUUAUUCCAGGCAAAUUCCAGUUUCUGGAUGGUACAAAGCUGAGCUAUACUAACUGGCAUUUAAAUGAACCUUCUGGCAAAGGGGAGGAGGGAUGUGUGGAGAUGUACACUGAUGGCACUUGGAAUGACAAAAGGUGCAACCAGAAUCGCCUUAUUGUCUGCCAGUUUUAGUGCUUCCCUUGCUGCUCUCUGGCAGGCUUUCUGGAAUAUGCUUCUCUCUUGGUUGUCUCUUCAUUUGUAGCUAGUGAACUCAGACAAUGCAGCAUGAAAAAAUAAAAUUCACUCUUUCCCAGCCUGAUUUAUCUUUUAAACAAAUGCCAGCUAUAAAGAGGAAAUUGUAUAUAACAAAA